CACCUGGAAGAUCUUCGUGGGCAACGUGUCGGCCGCCUGCACGAGCCAGGAGCUGCGCAGCCUCUUCGAGCGGCGCGGGCGCGUCAUCGAGUGCGACGUGGUGAAAGGCCGCGUCCGAGAUGGUGAAGCUGUUCAUCGGCAACCUGCCCCGCGAGGCCACCGAGCAGGAGAUCCGCGCCCUCUUCGAGCAGUACGGCAAGGUGCUGGAAUGCGACAUCAUCAAGAACUACGGCUUCGUGCACAUCGAGGACAAGACGGCGGCCGAGGACGCCAUCCGCAACCUGCACCACUACAAGCUGCACGGCGUCAACAUCAACGUGGAGGCCAGCAAGAACAAGAGCAAGGCGUCCACCAAGCUGCACGUCGGUAACAUCAGCCCCUCGUGCACCAACAAGGAGCUGCGGGCCAAGUUCGAGGAGUACGGGCCCGUCAUCGAGUGCGACAUCGUCAAAGACUACGCCUUCGUGCACAUGGAGCGUGCCGAGGACGCCGUGGAGGCCAUCAGGGGCCUCGACAACACCGAGUUUCAAGGCAAAAGAAUGCACGUGCAGUUGUCCACCAGCCGGCUUAGGACUGCGCCCGGGAUGGGAGACCAGAGCGGCUGCUAUCGGUGCGGGAAAGAGGGGCACUGGUCCAAAGAGUGUCCAAUAGAUCGUUCGGGCCGCAUGGCGGACUUUACCGAGCAAUAUAAUGAGCAGUAUGGAGCAGUGCGUACACCUUACACCAUGAGCUAUGGGGAUUCAUUAUAUUACAACAACGCUUACGGAGCGCUCGAUGCCUACUACAAGCGCUGCCGUGCUGCCCGGUCCUAUGAGGCAGUGGCGGCUGCAGCUGCCUCCGCGUAUAAUUACGCAGAGCAGACCAUGUCCCAGCUGCCACAAGUCCAGAACACAGCCAUGGCCAGUCACCUCACCUCCACCUCUCUCGAUCCCUACGAUCGACACCUGUUGCCGACCUCAGGAGCUGCUGCUGCUACAGCUGCUGCUGCUGCUGCAGCCGCUGCUGUGACUGCAGCUUCCACUUCAUAUUACGGGCGGGAUCGGAGCCCCCUGCGUCGCGCUACAGGCCCAGUCUCCACUGUUGGAGAGGGCUACGGUUACGGGCAUGAGAGUGAGUUGUCCCAAGCUUCAGCAGCUGCGCGGAAUUCCCUGUACGACAUGGCCCGGUAUGAGAGGGAGCAGUAUGCGGAUCGGGCGCGGUACUCAGCCUUUUAAAGCUUGAGGUGGGAUGUGUGUAGGCUGAAAUUUCGAGCGGCGAUUUGUCAUGAGAUACACCUUCAAGGUACCCAUCUCCGGGACAUUCUCGGCUCUGUUCGUUCAGUCCCUCAGGAACCGUGGACCUUAAUGAGCUUGCUCACUCAGUUCAAACCUCCUCUUCCUUUGCUCCUGUUCUUCCUGUACUUGUGUUCUUCCGUAGCUUCCUGUUCAUGCUCUGCCCUUCCUGCAAGCCUCAUUGUGUGCAGGAGCUAUGGUAGGGGACUGUCCCUGCCUCCUGUUUUCAUGAGUGUUGGAUUCAAAAACUGAGAAAGUUACAACUCCUAAAUCUUUGUGGCAGAUUAUUAUAGAAUUGAAUGACAUUUUCUUUACAGUGAAAUAAAUUGUUUUUCAACUUCGG